AUGGAUUUGGGUAUGAAAUGGGUACGGGUAUGGGUUUGGCACGGCUACAGGUAUGGGUAUGGCAUGGGUAUGGGUGUGGGUACGGGUAUGGCUAUUGGUAUGGCAUGGGUAGGGUUGUGGGUGUGGGAUGGGUACGGGUAUGGGAACGGGGGUGGAUAUGAAUAUAUUGGCAUGGGUAUGGGUUGGGUGCGGGUGGGUACGGGUAUGGUAUGGAAUGGUUACGGGUAUGGGUAUGCCAUGGAUUUGGGUAUGAAAUGGGUACGGGUAUGGGUUUGGCACGGCUACAGGUAUGGGUAUGGUUGUGGGUGUGGGUACGGGUAUGGCAUGGGUUUGGAUGCGGGUGGGCACGGGUAUGGGUUUGGGUGUGGAAUGGGUACGGGUAUGGGUACGGGGGUGGAUAUGGAUAUUGGCAUGGGUACGGAUAUGGGGUUUUAG